CUUCUCCAUCCGGACCAACAGCGCCUGUCGCGAUGACUCCGGUGCCUGCCGCCGCUCCCCGCACCAACGCUGCUCUCGACUCGCCGUUUCGCAAAACACAUUAAACAACUCGGCCGUCAAUGCCGAAACAUGGCUGCCUCUCUGUCAGGGACAGCAAACCGCGGAGCCGACGCCUCCACGGGCAGCUCCAAAUGCGGCGGAGAGUCCGUCGGCCAGCGUCGGGAGAUCGUAAAGCCGUCCGUCACGGAGCUCACCAAGGCGGUGAGGACCAACAUCCUGUGUACGGUGGAGGGCUGCGGGAAGAUCCUGCCCAACACGCCCGCCCUCAACAUGCACCUCGUCAAGUCUCACCGGGUGAAGGAUGGCCUUGUCAACCCCACAGUCAGGAAGGACAUGAAAGCCCCUCAGAAGCUGUACUGUUGUCCAAUUGAGGGUUGUCCCAGGGGGCCUAACAGGCCCUUUUCCCAGUUCUCCUUGGUUAAACAACACUUCAUGAAGAUGCAUGCCGAGAAGAAACAUAAGUGUUCCAAGUGCAACAAUGGCUACAGUACAGAAUGGGACCUGAGGAGGCACAUAGAGGAUUGUGGGAAGACCUAUUGCUGCACAUGUGGCUGCCCCUAUGCCAGUAGGGCUGCACUACAGUCACACGUCUACAGGACAGGUCAUGAGAUCCCCACAGAACACAGAAUUCCGCCAGUGAAAAAGAGGAAGAUGGAGAAACUGAUAGGUGGCUCUGUAAAGAUCAGGCCCAUUGAGUCAACUUGUAAGAUGACAACUGCUGACAGGGAGCUGUCAGAGGGCUGUCUCCCAUCUGAUACAAGUCAUCUCCCAGACUUGACAAUUCAGACCUCAAACCCUCCCAGGAGCUUUCAGAAGCUCCUCCUCCCCAAGCCCAAGAUGGCGCUGGUCAAUGUGCCUGUGAUGCAGCUGGCCCACCUGCCUGUCCUCCUUCCAUCCACAGAAAGUGGCGCUCUUAGGUCUGUCGUGCUGGCUGUUGACAGUCAAGGCUCCCUCAGCACCCUCCAUGUCUUACCACAGGCCAUGGGGGCUGUGGUACCACAACUGGAUGCUAAGACUCUGGGUUUCCCGGAUAGUAUGCCCGCCUCCCGUUCUAGCCUGGGACCUAUUAGCACAGGAGUGCAAGUGAGUCUGGAGCCUGUGGGCUCAGAAGACCCAGCCAGCAGCAUUGGGGGCCAGCGAGCGAAGAGCACUUCCACCAACAUUCAGACUGACAUAUCAUACCUGUCCAGAAUGCCUGUAGGGGUUGGUGUUGGGAUGGGUGUAUGUUCUGUGGGUGAGUCUUCGGUAUCAUCCUGUUCCCAGACAGACAUAAGUGUGAGUGCUCAUGUUCUCCUACCAGUCAGUGUAGAGACCCAAACAUUUUCCUCAAGGGCCAAAACCACAUCCACUAUCGCAGCUCAGACAGAUGUUCCUCACCUCAAUGAGAUGCACUGCACCUCCUCAGCUGCACCCCCAUUUAUAACCAGACAGACUCAGACCAGCUGUCCCACGGCAGGAACAGAAUCAGUGGAGCGAGUUCAGAUGGACCAGGCUAUCAUGUGCUCCAACCUGUUUGACAAUGACUCCCUCAGUGUUUCCACCCAGACAGCUUUAGCCAUUGAAGACCCCCUGGGUGCGGCAAGCAACAGUCUCUACGAGGAUGAGAAGUCAGCAGAGGGCAUGUGUUUUGGGGUACAGACAGAUGAGCUUAACUCCAACAGCAUGGCGGACAACCAGACUCAAACCAUGACCUUACUAAACGACCUGGAGAAUAUUCUGUCUGAUGGCAUAGCAGGUCAUCAUGUACUUACAGAUGCUUCAACAGGCUGCGAGUCUGCCCUGGGCUCUGUUCAGGAGCAACACAGCAGCAUUGACUUUGAUUUUGAAGACUUCCUCAAUGCUGUGCACAUUCAGACACAGACAGAGGAGAGUGAACUGGGAGGUCUGGGUGGUGACACACCCCUGGAGUCUCUGGACAUCCAGACACAGACAGACUUCCUCCUACUGGACGAACUGGACCAGAACGAGGGGCCAAGUCGAAACCAGGCUAGUGACCUGGAGCUUGAAAUGUUUGACAUUCAGACUCAGACUGACCUUAAUUUUAUGUUAAGCGCUGGAAGCCACCUGCCCUUAAGCAGCAUCCUGCACCAUUCCAGCUUCUCUAUGAGCACAGAGUCUUCAGACACAGAAACUCAAACUGAAAUCCCCCAUAUUAUCCUGGGCCCCUCCGUGCAGCCCCCUGUCUGUCAGAGUGAGCAUGCAAGGCUCCUGAGCAGCACAGAAACACAGACUGUGACCAGCCAGGCCGAGGGCCUUGGACAACUCUUCUUGACUAGCAAUGAAACCCAGACCGUCAUGGAUGACUUCUUGUCCGCAGACAUGGCUUGGAACAUGGAGUCCCACUUCAGCUCUGUGGAGACUCAGACAUGUGAGGAGCUGUUUACUCUCUUUCAACACCCUGAGAAGCCAAACAGCUGAAGGCCUCCCAGUUUAGCCGGUUUAACCCCCCUGCAGAACCAGUGUCUGGUGUCUGCCUGUCUGUCUUGGGAGGAAUCAAUGCAUACUGACCUCAAACUGCAGUUCUUCAGCUGAAGCCAGUUUUAGCAGUAAGAAUCCAAGUGUCUGACCAUUCCAUCAAGGGCGUUGUGUCCAGUGCAUUUACAGACCUUUACCCUGAUAGCUCAGCUGCACUUUAUAGGCUUGUUGGGCGUGGCCUACCUACUCCUCUGCCAGUUUACAUAUUUAUUUGCACAUAAGUUAACUAUUUGUGUCUUGUCUGAAAAACCAAUCUACUCCCACAUCUUAAGAUAUAUAAUUUAUACUCACUAUAACUUGUUUGCUCACGUGCACACGAGAAAUUUAACAAUAGUUUCAGCACCUCAUCGUUGUUCACUUCAUACUUGGAGAGGAUGACAGUUUUUGCACACCCACAAUGGAUCGGGUGGAAACGCCAGUUCAAGCUGUGGGCAUGUUUAAAGUACUGCUGAGUUUUUAACCCAAUCACAUCCUUCAGAUUUGCAAACAUUUUGUGAAAACAACUCUAAAGUCAGCCGCAAAACAAAUGCAUUGCAUUGAAUUUCAUUUGCUGUCACAUGUUGGGAAAUGUGCAUGAGGCCUUCAGCGUGGCGAACGGGGCAGAAAUGUUCAAUAGCGAUUCUCUGCUUGUGUUUGACGCCUGUCUUGUUAACGCUACAUCAUCAGAAGCAAGGUUGUGAACUUCCACAAGGCCGUUUCCUCCCUGUGACCAUUUCAAACCUCUCAAGGUAUCCGCAGCAGUGUCCAGUAAAACCCUGGAAGUCACGAGCGUGAGAGACGGCACCGCUGAAUCUAGUUGCUUAUAUAAAUGUGGCACAAAUUUGUGAAAUUCUGAGCUCGGUUCUGCCAAUUUAUUGCACACCUGUUACUGAAACUCGAUUGUGAAGUCUGGCGCUUUUUAAUCGCCCUAUUGUUUGUGGGGUUAACCUGUACGGCUUAACAGUCACUGUGAGUCAUUUAGCAGACUAGGCUGUCCUCGUGUGUAAUUUAUUCAUUAGCUGGCUGUAAGUGUAUACAGUAGCGGCGUUCGUCGGCUGAAGUAACACAGUAAUGAUGCUGUACAGAAACGGGAUUAGAGCGGGGUUUAACUGCUCAGUCGCCACCAAAGAGUGGUUGUGUAUGUUCACUACCUAUUUCUGGCAGCGUAUAGCCCCCUUCUUUGUAACUGAUUCUAUUUCCACCUUCACCGACAGGGGAGGAGUGCCCUAUAUAUUUAAUGUGUUGUACUACAAGCAGUUUGAACACGUCCUGUUGUGUUUGUUUUCCAAGCAUUUUUUUACUGAUUUACCUCAUUUGCACCGGGCACCCCAUUUAAACUGUGUUCUAAGAAACGGUAAGCUAUAACUUGAGCCGCGAGUGCUUCUUCAGUUUUGUUAAGUUGGUGCCUUAAACCAAGUAUUAUGAUUUCUGUUUCUUCUAUUUUAAAAGGUAUACCUUUCGUUAUGCACAAUCCAAUUUGCUGCUCUGAGGUGAACUUGUCAGGAAUAUAUUUGCUUAUGUGUUUGAAAAAUGGUUUCAACAUCGAAUAUUCAAAAUACUUUUCAUUUGCACGUUUGAUUCGUUCUACAUGCAUUUUCGACAGUUUUCUGCAUGAAAUAUUUAAAAAAUGCCUUUUGUUUGGAAGCAUUUAUGUUGAGCUAUGUUACAAUUCUGUAAAUGCCGAUCGGCAUUUUGUAGAAGGCAGCAUUUCUCCAACGGCAUUACUGUAUAAUUUUAGGGGUGGACGGUGAACGCGAGUGCAGUUUCUAGAUGUUGCUAGAACCUGAAGAAUGUACACGACACUGUGACCAAAUGUUCUGACAGUGUUUCGACAUUUACAUUCAGAUACAAGAUUUGCUGUGCCGAGAGCAGGACUUCUGUGUCGUUCAUGAAGUUGAUAGCGCUGGAUUAGAUGCCUUACUUAAAAGAAAAAGAUAAACCAACUACAGCGUGUUAUUUUCUUACAAGGGUGCAUGCAGAAUCCCUUUUUUCCCUUCGUCCGACAACUUCAUUAUUUCUCUUGGGCAGCCUUUGUCUUGGUUUGUUUCCGUUGCCUACAUGUGUAGUGUUAAGAGAUGGCCUUGUUAUUUUCAUUGUCAGUGCUCUGCUCUUAAUAAACUGCUGGAAGAGUGUUA